CAGUACUACAACAGGACACAGCUCCUCCUCGGUCUAAGCAGCUCCUAUCAUCACAAAAAGUCACACUCGCGUAGAGCAAGAACACUCUCUAUCAAUGGCUACCACUAACCUCUCCUUCUAUUUUCCCUCUCUUCCUAAAUUGUCUCCUCGAGGCAACCACCGGUUCGAGUUAUCCGUUUUGACUCGGACUAGAAUGCGUGCCGUCAGAACUCGGGCUGCGGCAGGGGACUUGCUGGGUGAUUUCGGAGCCAGAGACCCAUUCCCUGCAGAAAUAGAGAGUGGUUUUGCGGAGAAAGUGGUAGGAAAUGUUGAUACUGAGCAUAAGAUUCUUAUUCCCAAUAUUUCUGCUCUCUCUCUUGCCCAGCAACAGUGCACGCCUGUCUCUCCUCUUCAAGCGCCCAUAGAUAAGGAUGAUGCUCAAAAGCUCUUGAAGAAGGUUCUUGGCUGGAGACUUCUAGAGGAAGAAAAUGGACUUAAACUACAGUGCUUAUGGAAGUUGAGAGAUUUUAAAUGUGGGGUUGAACUAAUCAAUAGAAUUUACAAGGUUGCAGAAGCUUCUGGACAUUUCCCAGAUCUGCAUUUGGUAGAUACCAAUCAGGUUAGAGCUGAACUGUGGACAUCAUCCAUUGGAGGUCUGAGUAUGAAUGAUUUCAUUGUAGCUGCCAAAAUGGAUGAAAUAAAGACUUCGGAUCUUGUCCCUAGAAAAAGAGUGUGGGCAUAGAAAAUUUCAUUUUUUCUUGGAGAAACUGAAGGGAUUUCUUAAUCCAUAAGGUGGCUUCAGCUUUCAGCAUCCACUGACUACAGAGGCUGAUGUUGUUGCAAAUUAUAGGGAAACUUUGUUCUCUCCAUUAUCUUCUUCAAGCAAUGUGUAUAAUAAUCUUUAUUUUAUUUGAUUGCAAUUCAAAAAGAAUGCAAUACUUUUAAAGAAAUUCAAGUAUUUGAUUAAAAUUUAAGAUUUUGAAGUGUAAA